UUCACAAAUACAUUUUUAAAAACAAAAAUUAGAAAAAAAUAAAAAUUAAAUCUGGCCUUCCACAGACAAUGAACACACGUCAUAAAGUUUCAGAAAAGUACUCAAGAUGACGGAUCGUAUUGAUAUGAGUUUGGAUGAAAUCAUCAAGACCAACCGCAGUGCACGUGGUGGAAGCAGGGGUAGAGGUGGCCGUGGAGGUAGGGGAGGACGGGGUAGAGGUGGUGGUGGAGGAGGAGGACGUGUUGAGGCCAGAGGUAGAUCUAGAAGUCGGAGCCGUGCUCCCUCAGCUGGACCUGUUCAGAACGGAAGAAGCCGCAGCCGAAGCAGAGUUCGUGGAGCUACUGGAGCCCCAAGGAGAGGAGCAGGGCGAGGUGGGGGCCGGGGUGGAGCAGGUAGAGGAGGAGGAGUUAUGAGGCGAGGGCGAAGCAGGAGCAGAUCUGUUGUCAGUGAGAUGAACCAGUUGAUCUCCAGACACAUGAAUUUAAGAAGCUCUAGCAGAGCUAGGAGUUCAAGUAGACCUAGAGCUAGAUCCUCUAGUGGAACCUGGGGUGGAGAAGGUUUCUUGGACCGGGGUAGAAGUGUAAGCCGGGGCAGGGCGGAGAACAGGGGUCGAAGCAUGAGUCGUGGACGGGAACCAUCUCAGGGUCGUAGUGCUAGCAGGGGAAGGAGGGGAAGAGGUGCAGGUGCUGGUGGCAGAGGAGGAAUGAUGAGAAGUCGCAGUAAAUCUGUGAGACGAGACGGUCCCAGGAACAUGACAGAUCCCUGGCAGCACGAUAGGUUCACCGGCAGGCCAGCACUUACCACUGGAGGACCUGGUAAACUGAUGGUGUCCAACCUAGAUUUCGGAGUUACAGAUACAGAUAUUCACGAGCUUUUCAGUGAGUUCGGCCGUCUCAAGUCUACAGCUGUACACUACGAUAUUUCCGGCCGAUCUCUGGGUACAGCCGAUGUUAUCUAUGAACGUAGAACUGACGCCAUCAAGGCUCUGAAGCAGUACGACGGAGUUCCUUUAGACGGAAGACCGAUGAAGAUAGAGAUGGCCUCCGACGCAAACUCCCUGAGACAACAGCCCAUGGCUCGGCCCAGAUCUGCCAGCGUAAGCAGAAACCGAGCCAACGGCGGACGAGUCAUGAAGCGCGGCGGAAGUAUGAAUCGCAGUGGUGGAAUGGUUAAGCGAGGAGGAGCUCAAGGACGCGGCCGAACCGGCGGAAGAGGAGGACGCGGAGGUGCAAGAGGAGCAGGACGGAUCCGAGGAGGAGUUGGUGGCGCUAAAGGAAAUGUGCGGAAUGGACCUAAGCGGGGUGGACGUGGUGGAGCUAGAGGAGGGAAGAAACCAGCUCCAGUAGACAGGGAACAGCUAGAUAAAGAACUUGACAGUUUCAUGAAACAAGAGCGCUGAUCCUGAUCAAUCUAAGAAUAUAUCUGAAAAAAUUAUUACCAUGUUUGAUGAUGUACAUACCGCAGAUGAGUGUUUUCGUAAUAAAAUUUGUUGAAGAGAA